AUGGCCCAGCUGGUAAGGACAUUGUCAGAGAACCCAAAAUGUUACUUGCUUCAUCGAGUGAUCUUUCUUCUUUUAAUAGCUCUUGCCUUGACCUUCUUUGGCUCUUGUUACCUGAACCCGAGAAGCCAGAAGCUGGAAAGCAUCCAGGCUGGGGCAGGCAAGAUUGUUAGAAAAAUCCACCACCUGCAAGGUGUAAAAUUACCAAGGACGGUGUAUCCUCAGCCAAACGUGCUAAGACCCUCUAGGAAAGAUGUCCAAGUCAUGACCCCUUGGCUGGCUCCCAUCAUCUGGGACAAGACUUUCAAUAUCAACAUCCUGAAUGAGCAGUUCCGGCUCCAGAAAGCCACCAUUGGAUUAACCGUGUUUGCCAUAAACAAAUACAUUAUCUACCUGCAGCUGUUCCUGGAAACCGCAGAGAUGCACUUCAUGGUGGGAUACAAGGUGAACUACUAUAUCUUCACUGACCGCCCAGCCUAUGUUCCUCACAUCCGCCUCCAAAAAGGAAGGAAGAUCGUCAUCCUCAAGGUCUGGGGCUAUGCACACAGCCAGAACACCUCCCUGCACCGCAUGGAGAUGAUCAGCAAUUUUUCUGAGCAGCGCUUCCACCAGGAGGUGGAUUACCUUGUGUGUGCAGAUGUGAACAUGAAGUUCAGCGACCACAUGGGCGUGGAGAUCCUCUCCUCCUUGUUCGGCACCCUCCAUCCUGCCUUCUAUGGGCUCAGUCGGAACCACCUCCCCUAUGAACGUCGGCCUCGAUCACAAGCACAUAUUCCUGAAGAUGAGGGGGACUUUUAUUACAUAGGGGCCUUAUUUGGGGGCUCAGUGCCAGAGGUUUACAGGCUCACCAAGGCCUGCCACGAGGCAAUGAUGGUCGACCAACACAAUCACAUCGAGGCCGUGAGGCAUGAGGAGAGCUACUUGAACAAAUAUCUGCUCUACCACAAACCCUCCAAGGUCCUCUCCCCUGAGUACACGUGGGAUAAGCGGAUACAGGAGAAUAUCGGGAAUCAGCAGCAGGUAGGCUUGCCUUCCAACAUAAAGCGGAUUAGAUUUGUGACUGUGAAAUAA